CUGACGGAGCCGAGCCUGCCGGGCGGUGCGGGCGCUCGGUCCCGGGGCCGCCGCCGCCGCCGCCGCCGCUGCCGCCGCGUCCGGUCCAUUCCGCCACCAGCCGGGGCUCGGGCCCGGGCCCGGGCCCCCGGGGCAUGGCCCUCCGGAGCGCUCAGGGCGACGCCUCCACCUCCAGCCGCUGGAGCGGCGGCUCCGAGAAGCCAGACUUUAGUGCCAAAAGAAAAAAGAAAGUGGCAGAGAUUCAGCAGGCUCUGAACAGUGACCCCACGGAUGUGGCUGCACUCAGACGCAUGGCGAUCAGUGAGGGGGGCCUCCUGACCAAUGAGAUCCGGCGCAAAGUGUGGCCCAAACUGCUCAACAUCAGCACCAGUGACCCUCCACCUACAUCAGGGAAGGACUUACGACAGAUGAGCAAGGACUACCAGCAAGUGCUCCUGGAUGUCAGGCGGUCUUUACGGCGCUUCCCUCCUGGUAUGCCGGAAGAGCAGCGAGAAGGGCUGCAGGAGGAGCUCAUCGACAUCAUUCUCCUUGUCUUGGAGCGCAACCCGCAGCUGCAUUACUACCAGGGCUACCAUGACAUCGUGGUCACGUUUCUGCUGGUGGUAGGAGAUGAUCUGGCGACAUCCCUGGUAGAAAAAUUGUCUACCCAUCACCUCAGGGAUUUCAUGGACCCAACAAUGGACAACACCAAGCACAUAUUAAACUAUCUGAUGCCCAUCAUAGACCAGGUGAAUCCAGAGCUCCAUGACUUCAUGCAGAGUGCUGAAGUGGGGACCAUCUUUGCCCUCAGCUGGCUCAUCACCUGGUUUGGGCAUGUCCUGUCUGACUUCAGGCACAUCGUGCGGUUAUACGACUUCUUCCUGGCCUGCCACCCUCUGAUGCCCAUUUACUUUGCAGCUGUGAUCGUGUUGUAUCGAGAACAGGAAGUCCUGGAUUGUGACUGCGACAUGGCCUCAGUCCACCACCUGUUGUCCCAGAUCCCUCAGGACCUGCCCUAUGAGACGCUGAUCAGUAGAGCAGGAGACCUCUUUGUUCAGUUCCCCCCCUCCGAACUCGCCCGGGAGGCGGCUGCCCAGCAGCAAGCAGAGCAAACGGCAGCCUCUACCUUCAAAGACUUCGAGCUGGCCUCCGCCCAGCAGAAGCCCGACAUGGUGCUGCGGCAGCGGUUCCGGGCACCUCUGCGGCCUGAGGACCGAGCAAAAGAUGUCCUGACCAAGCCCCGGACCAGCCGCAUUGUGAAACUGGCGGUGAUGGGACUGACGGUGGCACUGGGAGCGGCCGCUCUGGCCGUGGUGAAGAGUGCCCUGGAGUGGGCUCCUAAGUUUCAGCUGCAGCUCUUCCCCUAGGGCCGGCGCGGACGCCGCCGCUGACCGACCACGGCGAGGUCUCGCCCUUCCACCUGGGGCAGGGAGGGUGGGGGCUCCUUUAUUAAAGGGUCUCUGGCAAGGGUCUUCUCUUCCUGCCCCAUUUCCCCAGUGGCCCAUGGUUUCCUGCCGCGUGGCAGCUGGGUGUGGCCCCCUCUCCUCCGCCCAGGCUGUCUCCUUGCGUGUUGGGGGUCAGCAGUGUUUGAGACCCUCUGCGCCUGGCGGCUGCCCAGCAGUAGGGAAGCCGGACCACUGGCUCGCCCCUCACGGCGCCUCCUGCUCCGUCUGCAUCGGCCAGACCAGGGGGACGGGAGCUUUGCCAAAGAAGUGGGACCUGGGGACAAAGCCAAGGGGCAGGAGUGCUCACCCAGAACCAGGUGACCCCCUCUCAGGAGCUGCUCCUUUUGCUGGUCGAAAUUGAAGGGACAUGUGAGCUAGAUGAACCUGUUUUCAACCUAGAACUCACUUGGGCAUUUCCAGCCGUAUGGGAAGGAAUGUUCAUUUUAGGGCACAGACCUAGAUUGGUUUUGCUUGUUGUUCCCCUCCUUUUCUUUUCCUUUUCACCUCUGUAUUCUUAUCCACAGCCACAUGACGUUGCUUAUGAAAGGUACCUUUAUUACUGUUUUUCAGACUAACAUAUACCUAAGAUGUAAGUAUCUUCAUUUUUAAAGAGUUCCUUUAGAACUCCUCAGAAGCAUGAGGUACUGACUCAGAGGUUUUUGGGGUUUUGGUUUUGUUGUUUUGUUUUGGGGGCCACACCCGGUGAUGAUCUGGGGUUAACUCCUGGCUGUGCACUCAGGAAUUACUCCUGGCAGUGCUCAGGGCAGACCAUAUGGGCUGCCAGGGAUUGCACCCGGAUCUGCCACAUGUAAGCUUGUGAUAUUGCUCCGGGCCCACUCUGAGGUUUUCUUUCUUUUGACACUUUACUUAGCCAGUGUUGCUGUUUGUAAAACACCCUACCCUUUCCAGAGUGCCCACAGCUUGUUCGGUUUCCCUCCCUUCCUUCAUUUUUUCCAUUUCCCCAAAUCAUCCCUCCUGCUCCUGCACGGACACCCACUCACUGCCUUGGUUGCUCUGGGGGGGGGGGUUGAUUUCUCUCCUUAAGACUGGUCUCUCCUUCCUGGUUGGAAAUGUUGGGGACCCGUCCCUCACCCAGAAAGGACGCCCGCCGCAUGAAGAGCUGCCGCAGGCUCCCCAGGACUUAGGGAACAAGACAGAUCAUUCAUUCCUUCAGGACACCUGCUCCUGUAAACCAAGCCAGAUUUGUUUCAUUGUUUCAGAUGAACUCUGGCUUAGGGGAAAAAAAACAAAGUGCCUUCCGCUGCGUUAAAGAAUUGCGCCUACAGUAGAAGCAGCUGUAUUCUUUUUCCCUGGUCUCUCCUGGGCACUGUUCUCUGUUGGCAGAUCCUUUCUUCAGGGGAAGCUGUCAGAAGCACUCCGCUCACCACACCCAGACCUCAGACCUCCCACAUGACCACGGCGCAGAGCAGGGUCAUGGCGCUAGUGGCCAGCCGGCCAGCGCAGAGCACUCAGGCCGGCUGUCGCCACGGAAGUCCAUGAAGCACUUUAGAAUCUGGCGCUCGCAGAGUGACGGGUACUCUCCUGGGGCGAGUGUGAGGUCGUGGGUGGAUGACUUGAGCAUGGUGGGGUUAGCAGAACAGACUCUCCGGAGCUGCUGCUGCUGCCCACACUCUCCCCACAUGCUUGUCCUCCUGUCUGUCAUCUCUACAAAUGGACACGGCCACACUCCUCUGGCCUCCGGCCAGGGACCCAGGCAUCUGGACAUACCGAAGGGAGAGGAAAGGAGGUGCAUGUGUUCAGGGGCCAGAGGCCACAGCCACAGAUCCCAGCAGCAAGUGGCAUUUGCUUCUGAUGUGGCCAAAGGAGAAAGUUCAUUUGUUUUACAGCUUUGCUGACAUCAGGAUUCUUCCCUGCCGAAGAGAAGAGAGCAUUAUCUUUUUACCUUCAGCUGGUUUACUAUUCUGUAAAGAAUAUGUGUAAAUAUUUUGUACAGAGCCCUCUAUGAAAUAAACAGCCAUAUGUGGUUACUAAGCUCGA